CUCCUGGCCGCUGGGGGCGCUGAUGACGGGCGAGAUCUGCGAUAGGCGCGAGUUCAAACUUUCAAACCGGCUGCACUUAACCAAAACAUUCGCCUAAAUCAUCUUAAAUAUUUAAACACCGCCCUUUAUCCAUCAAGACACACACAUAACAUAUGUGCUUCUUGUUCUGAAUGAUUCUGGUGUGUGUUUCUGGAGGCGAUGGGUGUCUCUGAGCUCUGGUCCAUCCUGGAUCCGGUCCGGCAGUCUGUGCCGCUCUACAGUCUGUCAGGAAAGACCCUCGCCGUGGACCUCAGCCUGUGGGUGUGUGAGGCCCAGCAUGUGCAGGGCAUGAUGGGAAGAGUCACCAAACCACAUCUCAGGAACCUGUUCUUCCGCGUGUCCUCGCUCACACUGAUGGGGGUGAAGCUGGUGUUUGUGAUGGAGGGAGACGCGCCGAGCAUCAAGGCCGAGACCAUGAGCAAACGCAGCGAGAUGAGAUACGGCCAAGCCAAGGCCAAACCGACCGCUGUUAAAAACACCAGCAGAGGCCGAUUCAAGGCCGUCCUGAGAGAGUGUGCCGAGAUGCUGGACUGUCUGGGCGUGCCGUGGGUGACGGCGGCCGGUGAAGCGGAGGCCAUGUGUGCCUAUCUGGACUCAAAGGGCGCGGUGGACGGAUGCAUCACUAACGACGGCGACGCCUUCUUGUACGGCGCUCGAACCGUCUACAGGAACUUCAACAUGACUACAAAGGAUCCUCAGGUGGACUGCUACGAGACGUCUCGUGUUGGGGCCGAGCUUGGACUCUCCAGAGACACUCUCGUGGGGCUGGCCAUUCUCCUGGGCUGUGACUAUAUCCCCAAGGGCGUCGCCGGAGUCGGUAAAGAACAGACACUGAAGCUGAUUCAGAAUCUCAAAGGAAAAAGUCUUCUCCAAAAGUUCACUGAGUGGGAUGCAGACAGAUCUGAAAGGUCAGAGGUCGCGGUGAAGAAGGUCACGCACUGUCUGGUCUGUCGACACCCUGGCUCGGCUAAAGCACACGAGCGCAGCGGCUGUGUGUUCUGUGAGAGCGAACGCUUCUGUUCACCACAGGACUACGAUUCCCAGUGUCCCUGUGAGUGGCACCGCACUGAACACACUCGCCACACGUCCUCCGUCGAAGCCAGCAUCAAGAAGAAGACGCUGGCGUGUGAGCAGUUCCCCUUUACUGAGAUCAUCAGUGAGUUCUUGGAGCCGAAGGACAGAGCCGUGCAGCCGUUCCGCCGGAGGAAACCCAACCUGCUGCUCCUGCAGACGUUUGCUCUGGAGAAGAUGGACUGGCCCAAACACUACAGCAGCGAGAAGCUUCUGGUGCUGAUGACCUACACAGAACUCAUGAACCGCAAACACGGCCGGGACUCACAGCCACAGAUCCAGCCAAUCAGAAUACAUAAAGCUCGAGUUAGGAACGGCGUCUCCUGCUUCGAGGUCGUCUGGAAGAAACCAGAUCACUAUGUGUUCACGGAGGGCUGUGAGGAGCAGACGGAGGUGCACACGCUGGAGGAGGAGUCUCUCUUCAGCCUGGCCUUCCCUGAGAUCCUGCAGGACUUCCAGCGAGACAGAGCCCUCGCCCUGGACAACAAGAAAAGGAAGCCGAGAGCGAGGAAAGAGAAGCCGGCUGAUUCCCAUGAUGCCGUGUCGGAUCUCUUUGCUCAGAUGUCUCUCCAGACGGACACAGAUCCAGACCCUGGAGUUACCCAGAAUCCUCCUUCCCAGAAUCCCCUGUCAGAGUCGGCUCUGAUUGGCCAGCUGCAUCUCAGCAGUAUAGACUGGGACUCUUCAUCGUUCACGGCCUCGCCGUCCCAGAAGCCUCAGAGCGACAGAACUGACCUGAGACCUGCGGAAAACACAAGCUGUUCUCUGAAGGAGCGAAUACUCCAGAAACAGCAGCUGAAGAGUCCAGAAUCUGAAGAAGCCCUCUGCCGUUCACUCCCGACUAACACUCAGACCAAAACAAGCAGCAAGAACCCGCUCAGACCUGCAGCCCGGCCUCUGAAGAGCGUCUCGGGACACAGAAACCCUUCUGAGAGCGUGUGUAAGACGAGUCCCGUCAGUGACGACAGCGACGCUGAGAACCGACCCGGAUCACACAAGCCCAGGAACACAGUCAGGGUCACGUCUAAACCACCCAAACCAGCCCCGACGAGUGUUAAAGCUGCUGAGACACCAGAGAAAGAGUCCGGCACACAGGAGGAGGACGAUUCGGACACAUCGCUGGACAGUCCUCGACCGCUGGCUGAGAGACUCAAGAUGAGGUUCGGAAAGUGAACGGAGCGGAAGAGACACUCUUGGUUUAAAAGGAUAAUGUUUGGAAUUACAAUUAGCUUUUUUUUGUCAGAUACUUUUAUAAAUAUGGUUAACCUAGUCUACUUGUGUUCAAUCAUUAAAAACUCGCAUAAUAAACAAAUCAGUAAGUUUA